GAACUAUGAGUGUAAUUUAAAUAAUAAUUUUGGGAACCAGAUUUACCCAUGGCAUCGCUGCGAGAGGUUGUGCUUCUGUGUAUCAUUUUAACAGCUUUUGAUUCACGAUUCACGUGGGCGCAAUGGCAAGGUCCAAUGUUCUCGCAGCAACCUCCGGCAAGACUUGUUUUUAGCAAUGCUUCCGGGUCUCAGGUUUCUUGCGCAGCCCAUGGGUCACCUGCCCCUAGAGUUACUUGGUUGUUGAAGGAUGGGAGUGCUGUUACGGCGGUGCCUGGGUUGAGACAAACAUUGGGCAACGGAACCUUGUAUUUUCCGCCGUUCAGGGCCCAAGAUUUCCGGGCCGACGUGCACGAAGCAGUUUAUCGAUGCCGGGCCGACAAUACAGUAGGAUCGAUACUGAGCCGAGAAGUUCGAGUAAAAGCAGUGAUCAGUCAGCACUACGAUGUUCAGGUGUACAGGGCUCAUGUUCUGACUGGUAAUACAGCAGUCCUGACCUGCAUAAUACCUGCUCAAGUGCAAGAUUAUGUUACUGUUACAUCGUGGUAUAAGGAUGAACACAUCUUGCUUCCUGGGAGAUCCGAUGUUGGUGGACGGUACGUGGUCACAUCAGGCACGGGCGAACUUCUGAUAAAGUCAGCGCGUUCCGAGGACUCGAUGUCUCGUUAUUCCUGCCUGACUUUGCAUUCCUUGACCGGCGAGAGAAAACGAAGUCAGCCGGCCACGCUCACAGUCACAGAACCUGGUGGAAGUUCACCUCCAAGACUGGUGCAGCGAUCAGUUACCGAAAUGUCUGCAGAGUUAGGAUCAGAUGUUCACCUUAGUUGUGCUGCUCAAGCAAGUCCACCUCCAACUUUCACGUGGUUUAGAGGCACUCCGUCUGGCGGAAUAGAGACAAUUAUAGCAUCCCCGCGUGUCGUGCCUGCUCAAGGGUUAUUACAUAUCAGAAGGGUUGAAUUGUCUGAUGCAGGGCGAUGGUUAUGCGAAGCGCAGAACGCAUUUGGAACUCAACGUGUGGAAACUACUUUGGCUGUGACUGCUCCGUUGGGAGCACACGUACAACCCAGAGUACAAGUUAUCAAUUCAGGUGGAACCGCGGUCUUCAAUUGCACUGUAAGCGGUGCUCCAAUACUAUCUAUAGAAUGGUAUCACGAUGGACGAAUUAUUACACCAGACUCGAGAAAACGUGUUAUAAAUUCAAUGCAGACUUUGCUGGUGGCGCGCGUCAGCCGUGAAGAUCGAGGGAUGUACCAAUGUGCCCUUACAAAUGAACGUGAUAGUGCUACGGCGGCAGCUGAACUAAGAUUAGGAGAUACUGUUCCUGAGUUACAACACACUUUUAUCGAACAAGCGCUUCGGCCUGGACCAAUGGUUUCAUUAAGAUGUUCAGCGACUGGAACACCCCCUCCGCAAUUUUCGUGGCUUUUGGAUGGUCGUCCAUUAGGAGAUGUUAUGUCUGGACCACGAUAUGCUAUAGGACAAUUUGUUGAUCUUUCUGGGGAUGUUGUUAGCCAUUUAAAUAUAUCAGGAGUUCGUUCAGAAGACGGUGGGCAUUACACAUGUCGUGCUGCAAAUACUUUAGGCUCUGUGGAUCAUUCGGCACGUGUAAAUAUUUAUGGGCCGCCAUACGUUCGAUCCGUGGGUCCUUUUAGAGCCGUAGCCAGAGCGAAUUUGACACUACAUUGUCCAUACUCAGGAUACCCAAUAACAUCUAUCAAAUGGGAGAGGCACGGUCAAGAUAUGUUAAUGGAUUUGCGGCAUAGACAAGAUGCGACUCAAGGAGGUGCUCUGCUGAUUGCGAAUGUUGAUCCUGCUUCUGACGCUGGUGCGUACACCUGCACGGUUCAUAAUCGUGCUGGUGAACAAGCCAAACGCGAAAUUUUACUAGAGGUGGUCAACCCACCACUUAUUGAACCAUUUUCAUUUCCACAAAGUGUUCAGCAAGGCGGAAGAACGCAAGUUACGUGCAGCGUUAGUUCUGGCGAUAUGCCAGUGUAUUUUUCAUGGACCAAGGAUGGACAGCCAUUAUCAAGUGAUUUGAGGAUAGAAGAAAGAUCCGCCGAUUUUUUUACGAUGCUUAUUUUUAAAUCAAUUACUUCAUAUCACAGUGGUGCCUAUACAUGUUCAGCAUCUAACAGUGCUGCUAAAGUUAAUUAUACAGCAGAAUUAAUGGUGAAAGUUCCUCCUCAUUGGAUUGUAGAACCUGUGGAUACGUCAGCGCAUUUGGGACAUACUAUAGAUGUACAUUGUUCAGCAGGUGGUUUUCCUGAUCCAAUAGUUACGUGGUUACGACAAAAAGGUGGCGAUGUUGCCGAAUUUGAAGCAGUACCUAUACUUGAUGGCCGUCUAAGUAUUCAAGAAAAUGGUUCUUUGCGAAUAAUAAAUAGCACUCCUCAAGAUGAAGGCCAAUUUUUAUGCAGAGCAAUCAAUGGUAUUGGUUCAGGACUUUCCAAAAUGGUCAAUGUCCAAGUUAAUGAACCUGCUAGAUUUGAAGUAUCAUAUAGGAAUAUGUCAGCAAGGAGAGGUGAUCCGGUAAACUUAUUAUGUGAAGUGUUUGGAGAUCAACCUAUUCAAGUAACUUGGUCGAAGAACAGUAACCGCAUUGAACUGGGAAGCUAUCGAUCGAGUAUAUCAGAGGUUCAAACAACUAACGGCGUAAGUUCGCAGCUUUCUUUAAAUCAAGCCGACAGGCAAGAUUCUGGUACAUAUCAAUGUCAAGGAGAAAAUAGUUUUGGUAGAAGCAAUUUUUUUAUACACUUAGCAGUUCAAGAAAGACCUGAUCCACCAGUCGCCCUGGAAGUAGUUGAAGUUGAUGGAAAAUCUAUUAAAUUAUCAUGGAGACGACCAUUUGAUGGAAAUUCUCCUGUGUUAGGUUUCAUGAUACAAUAUCAGCCUCUUGCAAACAUGGGUGUACGAGGAUUAGAUUGGAAUAGUGAAAACGUGAAAAACAUAUCAUUGCCUGGAUCGGGACCUAGAGAGCAAGCAAUCGUACCAAAUUUGCAUCCAUCAACAACAUAUGCCUUAAGAAUGCUUGCUGUUAAUGAUAUUGCUAGCAGUCCAUUUACGGAACCAGUGAUGGCAAAAACUCAGGAAGAAGCCCCGAGUGAAGCUCCGCCUGGUUUGCAAGUUGUAGCUGGUGGGCCAGAGGAACUUAUCGUCACCUGGCAGGUACCCCCUCGGUCGGUAUGGAAUGGUGAACUUCUAGGAUAUGCAGUCCAAGUUUCAGAAGCUGGUAGCGGUAAUAAAACUCGUGCUGCUACUGUACAUGGAUGGGCUUCAACAAAGUUAAACGUUAAAGGUCUGAAGAAAUUUACUCGUUAUGAAGUUACGGUUCGAGCAGUAAAUGCAGUGGCGGCUGGACCGAGCACUGCGCCUGUUAUUGCAAGCACACAGGAAGGAGUUCCGGAAGCACCACCUGGAUCAGUAACUUGCUCACCUUUAUCUUCGCAAAGUCUGCACGUGCAGUGGGUGCCACCUCCCGAAUCCCAAGCUGGUGGGGUGAUCCAAGGUUACAAAGUUCUCUAUCGGCCAAUUUCGGCUCAAUUAGCAGAAACUGUCGGAGAAGUUAAGAGGACAUCUGGGACCGAAACUUAUUUGCAUGCUUUGCAAAGAUAUACAAAUUAUUCUGUUCAAGUAUUGGCCUAUACUUCUACGGGGGAUGGUGUAGCUAGUUCGGCGAAAGCUUGUCAUACCGAGGAGGAUGUUCCUGGUCCCCCUUCUGCAAUAAAAGCUCUGGCUUUAAGCGGAGAUUCUGUGCUGGUUUCCUGGCUGGCGCCUUUGUAUCCAAAUGGUAUCCUUGGCCUAUACACGGUCUAUUCACGAGCCGCAGGACGCGUUGGCACCCAAGCUGCUCAUUCAGUCAGGGUUGAUCCAGGUUUUGACGGCGUAGUCCAGGAAGAAAUGAGCUAUGAGGUUCGCGGAUUGGCGGAGGACGGAAAAUAUGAAUUUUGGGUAUCAGCCACAACUGGGGUAGGAGAAGGAGAACCGACUAGUAUUGUUGCACAAUCAACAAACACAAGAGCUCCAGCCCGAAUAGCUUCAUUUUCAAGGACCAUCAAACGUCCGGUAGGUUCAAGUGCCUUACUACGAUGUGCAGCCGUUGGAAACCCAACACCAAGGGCUGUCUGGCUUCACAGAAGCAGACCCAUCACUUUCAGUCCGUUUUAUAAAAUAACCAAUGAUGGACAUUUGCAAAUACACAGCGUAGAUCAAGCUUUGGCAGGUAAUUAUACAUGUUCUGCCAAAAAUCUAUUUGGAGAGGAUGAAAUCACGUACACAGUCGAAGCUUUACUUCAACCAGGACAACCCGUUCUGGAGUUGCAAUACAGCACUGCCAAUAGUAUUAAGAUUCGAUGGACUACGCCUGCUGAUGGCGGAACUCCACUUUUAGGCUAUACAUUAUCAUAUAGAAGAAGCAUGGAUCCAUGGGUUUAUAAAGAUCUGAAUCCUGAAUAUACGAGCCACGUUUUGGAAGAUUUGAAAUGUGGUUCUAGUUAUCAGAUUUAUUUGGUUGCUCAAAAUUCAGUAGGUAAAGGAAUUCCUAGCGAAACUUUGAAUACUAAAACAAAAGGAAAUUUGUCUCAAAUGGCUGAUGAAAAACAAUUGCUACAUACAAAUGCAACAGCGUUACUUCUGCGUCUGCAAGCAUGGGAUGAUGGAGGUUGUCCUGUUGCUCAUUUUACUGUCGAGUAUCGUCCAUUAGGAGCUUCAAGAUGGCAAUUAGUUGCUGCUGAAACGUCGGAACCUGAACUUCAAGUAGGAGGCUUGGACACUGCCGCUUGGUAUCAACUUAGGAUUACAGCAACGAACGAUGCUGGUACUACAGCUGGUAGCUACAACUUUGCCACGACAGACUUAAGUGGAGAACCGAUUCUACCUCCUUUAGCAUAUCCUGCUGGAUCUGAUGUUUUAGAAGAUGCGUCAUCAUAUUCCGAUCAUAUUGUAAUAUAUACCACAAUUUCUAUUAUACUAUUAAUAUGCUUUGUCAUCUUAGUGAUUUUUCUGUUAAGAAGGAAUGGUUAUUAUUUCAGCAUAUGUGACAAUGAAGAGAUUGUUCAAAUGGCAGAUAUUAAAACCAAUGUAGAACGAGAAAAUUUGCAAAACCAGAAACAUGUACACGAAAGUCAGCAGGUGUAUGCUCCUAAUCCUAGAAAGCAAAGCCACGGAAAACUGAAUAGCAAUGCAGGGGAAGAAUCAGAAAUGUACGAUAUCAGCCCAUAUGCUACAUUUAGCGUAUCAGGACCAGAAAGCCGAUCAGUUACUGCAAGUACUUUAGAUUACACUGUCCAGUUUAAAACAUUUGGUAUGAUCGAAGUUGAAGAUGGUCCAGAUAGAGUAAUAAAUUCACAAUGUGGAACACCUGGAAAAUGUGGAAGGCAUCAGAUGUAUCCAGAUGAUGAUUCUACAUUAAGCAAGUCCAUGACGUUAGCCCUGGGUGCAACUACACCUCAUAGAAGUAGAAAUUCUCAAAGUCAAUCUGGACAAACAAGGUCUCGUAAAGGACAUGGAUCAAAUAGUGGAAAAUAUAAAGAAUCAGAAUCAGACACAAGUGGAAGCCCUAGCAGGGAACCGUAUAGAGUGCCAGUGAAACCUCCACGAGUAUUCCGACAAGGGUCAAGUACAGAAUCAAAUAAUGAGACCUCUCCUGUUUUAGCGCGAAGGACUCCAAGGCAUUCAAAAUCUUCAUCGACAAUCACAGAUAAUCCAAGUUUUUCUAGAUUUUAUGAACGCAAAAAACAUCAAGACCUCUGCACAAUUUAUGUAUAGAAUUAAUGGAAUGCAAACC